AUGUUUAAAAUACCAGACUGGGAGGGCGAUGUUCCCAAAACAAAUGUUAACUUUGUGAAUAACCAUAAAAAGAAUAAAAGGAAAAAAAAUAUAGAUAAGGAUAAAAAGAACAAGGAACAAGUGGAUAUUGCAAAGCCUUAUUGUCAAACAUUAAAUACUGAUAAAAAAACAAUUAAUGGAAAACCAAAAGAAAAUCAUAAAAAGCUUAAUGAUAAAAGUAGACAAAAUGUAAAACAAAAUAAUGUACAAAAUGGAGAUUUGAAAAAUAAAAUCAAUAAGAAAAAGGAGAAACAUGCAGUGAAACGUAAAUUAUCAGACGGUAAAGUUGGAAAUACAAAAAAGAAGAUUUCGAAAUUGGAUGAGGAAACAGAGGAACAAAACUACGACACAGAUAAGCCAGAUGAAAUGUUACUAAAUGCAGGAAAGAAAAAGCUAACUGAUCAAAUUCAAAGCGACGACAGUGAGGAGUUACUGUUUAGCAACCAGGAACAAGUUAAUAGUUCCAAUGAAAACAAGGGAAAUUCUGACAAAGUCUCUAAUGGUGUACCAGUCAUUUCAGAUAACUCACAAAGUAGACUCACACAAUUCAACAGAAAAAAACACUUGAUCAAGACACUACUAAAUAAAGAAAACAUCCGAAGACCUUUAGACAUAAGUGAAAAUGGAAACAAAUUGAGAGAAAGGAUGUUGGAGAGAUUGAAAGCUGCCCAAUUUAGAUAUCUCAAUGAAAAACUAUACACAACAUCUGGCACAGAAGCACAAAAGCUAUUUCAAACAGAUCCCGCUGCAUUCCAGACCUAUCACCAGGGGUACCAGCAGCAAGUGAAGAAAUGGCCAGUUAAGCCACUGGAUAUUAUUGUUAAGAAGAUAAUGAAAAUGCCAAAAUCUCACUUAGUAGCAGACAUGGGCUGCGGAGAAGCGGAACUCUCCAAACGUGUGCCGCAGAAGGUGCGUUCGUUCGACCUGGUGGCGGCGGCGGCCGAUGUAGAGUCGUGCGACAUGGCACAUACGCCCCUGCUGGCUGCUUCGGUGGAUGUAGCAGUGUACUGCCUUGCUCUUAUGGGCACUGACCUAACACAAUUUCUGGUUGAAGCCAAUCGAGUGCUGAAAGUUGGUGGCCUUCUGCUCAUAGCAGAAGUUGAAAGCCGUUUCGACGACGUGGAAUCCUUUGCCAAGGAAGUGUCGCGGCUCGGCUUCAAACUUAGAGAGCUGGACAAGAGUAAUCAGGUGUUCUUCUUCAUGGAAUUCGUCAAAACGCAAGACCCACCCGUGAAGAAGUCCAAGCUUCCGCAACUAACAUUAAAACCAUGCUUGUAUAAGAAACGG